AUGAUUGAGGAAGAGAUCAUCCAUAUAAUGGAAGAAAUAGACUGCACCUUUUCAUCAAUCAACAGAACAUUGAGGAAGAUGAAAGAGAUUCUUGAGCGAGUUGAAAAGGAAAACAAGCAGAUUGUUAGCAACUUAGGGCCAUGGCAAAGAUUUUUUUGCAUUGGCUCAACAGAAGAAAUCAUAACUGAAUAUCCAAGAAAUGUAACAACACAGAAUGAUAUUGAUGAAAGCUGUGCCGACGAUACGUGCAUACAGGAUGAAAGCUCGAUGUCGAUGAAGCUUUCUUCGCCCAGAAAUCCAUUUGUGGAUAACGGAUCGUCUGAAACAUUGAACAGAACGUUUCUGGGUGAUCUCGAAGCCAGGUUCAACUGGAGUAAUGCCGAGAACACAUCGUCAAGCAUUGUUCCGGUGAUUGAAGAGAGGGGAUUUGAGUUUCAAGAGGAAUCAGAAUCCUCAGAUGCAAUUCUGCCAUUUAAUCCAAGCAUGUUGCCGCCUGCAUUCCAAACAGAUGAAGGAAUAUUCAUAGUGUACAGAUAUAUUGCGGGAUGCUCUGGAGCAACAAUCGAGGAUAUAUGCAGAGGAGCACCAAUGCUAGGAAGAAAAAGAAUACAGAUAUUUGUUGACAUGCUGCUUAGGAAGAAGUUUAUAGGCAAAAGGGGAGCGAGCUUUCGGACAUCAUAA